GACUCUCUGCUGCUCAACCACCUGGUUUUCCACCUAAAAUGGACACAAUUUCGCUGACAUCCCCUGCUGAUUUCCACUGUCAUCUGCGUCAGCCGCCGAUGAGCGAGCUAGUGACCCCCCAUGUUUCAAAAGGCGGGUUUCGACUAGCAUAUAUCAUGCCAAAUACGAAACCGCCGAUUACUACGACUGUGCAGGCGAUAGAAUACAAGAAACAGUUACAGAAAAUCGAACCGAAUGUUGAGUUCUUGAUGACACUAUACCUCUCUCCGGACUUGACCCCGGAGGAAGUCAAGAAGGCCAAGGCUGCGGGUGUGGUUGGGGUAAAGUCCUAUCCUCGCGGAGUCACUACGGGGUCUGAAGGCGGCAUCGAAUCUUAUGAGGUGUAUUACCCAGUAUUCCAGGCCAUGGAGGAAGCUGGACUUGUGCUCAACCUGCACGGUGAAGUUCCAUCGGAUGCCACGCAUAACAUCUGUGUGCUCAACGCAGAGAUCGCCUUUCUCCCCCAUCUGUUAAAACUUCAUACCGAGUUCCCAAAGCUAAAAAUAGUCCUCGAGCACGCAACCACUCGACAAUCCGUCGAGACCGUCAAGAGUCUUGGUGAAACUGUAGGAUGCACGAUCACUCCGCACCAUCUAGCUAUGACGGCAGAUGAUUGGGCGGGCAACUCGUGGCACUUCUGCAAACCCGUCGCCAAGUUCCCGGACGAUAGGCAAGCGCUGCAAGAUAUUAUCCGCGAAGGGCAUCCUCGUUUCUUCCUCGGCUCAGACUCCGCGCCGCAUCCCCCUAAGAGUAAGUCUACCGCUAUGCCAUCGUCGCCCUGCGCAGCCGGCAUAUAUACAUCCCCGAUCCUCCUUCCGCUUGUCGCCCAUCUUCUGGAAUCAUUUGGCGCAUUACAUAGGCUGGAAGCAUUCGUAAGCACCAAUGGACGGAAGUAUUAUGAAUAUGAGGUGCCACAAGGCACGGCCCCUGUCAAGCUGGAAAGAGCUCCUCUUCAGAUCGAAGAGGAGUGGAAACUGGACGGCGACGCUGUCGUCCCCUUCUGGGCGGGAAAACAGCUGAAUUGGUCUAUUGCACAAUGAGUGGGAUGGUACAUGCAGUACAGUGGACUACCAAGAGAUGUGACAACAGGGUUGAGCGGGGAGUAAUGUAACAAGAGGCAUACAUGCUGCUACUUUGACUUCGACAGUGAUACACAUAUGGCAGAGGCAGUUAACAAUGAAAUACAAAUUCGUUAAAUGAUUCCUUCAUCAGGACAGUGGUGUUCUAGGUGGAGUAGGCGUGGAGUUCAGUUGCUCGAGCUUCAAUGCGACCGCUCGCAUGCGCUGGAUGCCGCGAGAAUCUACGCGACGCGGUUGUCCGUUCUUGAUGUCAACUUCUUCGAUGAAAGAAGCGACAGUACCAAGAGAAGAUCCCAUUUCGCUGAGGAGUUGAGAGGGUAUACGUGGAUCCUCCUGCACGGUUACUAACUUAACCUCCCGCUGGGGAGGCUGGGCAGCCCGAAUCUUCGCCAACUCACUCUCUAUACCUACACGCACAGACAGCUUGUCGAUCUGUCGGGCGAGCUCCAAGAGAUCCUUCCGCAGCACGGCGUUCUCGUUUUCCAAUCUCCUGACUGUUUCCCUGAGUGCAGCGGAUGUGUCGACAGAGGAGAUGCGGAGCUCACGCAACCCAGGAACCAGAUGACUCUCUAGUCUGGAAAGAAUAGAUGGUACAGAUUCCAGUCUGGCGAGUUCUUUCAUCGUCUGACGGAGUC